AUGGCGAAGCACGCCAUCGCUGUGUUAUCAUUCUCUAUCGCCCUCCUCACCCUCGCUCCGCAAUCAUCAUGUUCCCAGCCUUUCAAAUCCGUCUCCUCCCGUCGCGCACCGAGGUUCCCCCGCAGAUUCUCAACCUCCAAGCUCCCCAGCCUAUACGACAGCCAGCUCUUGAAGAAGGUUCCCCAGUACCGAUACGAGACGCGGUACUUCGAGCAGCGCCUCGACCACUUCAGCUUCUCGAAGCUCCCGAAGUUUAGCCAGCGAUACCUCAUCAGCUCGGAGCACUGGUCUGGGCCCAAACGGCUCGGACCCAUCUUCGUGUACUGCGGAAACGAAGGUGAUAUUGAGUGGUUCGCCGCGAACACGGGCUUCGUAUGGGAGAUAGCCCCAAGCUUUGGUGCAAUGGUGGUUUUCCCUGAACAUCGGUAUUACGGUAAGUCAAUGCCCUUUGGGAGUACAGAGAAAGCGUACAAGAACGCUGCUACCCUGUCUUAUCUUACUACGGAGCAGACGUUGGCUGAUUUCACCGAGUUGAUCAUGAGCUUGAAGCGAAACGUGUCUGCUGAGGCCUGCCCUGUUGUUCUUUUUGGUGGUUCAUAUGGUGGAAUGUUAGCAGCAUGGAUGAGGUUAAAGUAUCCACAUAUAGCCAUAGGCGCACUUGCUUCUUCAGCUCCAAUACUUCAGUUUCCAGAAAUUGCGGAGCCAGACUCGUUCUACGACAUCGUCUCCAAUGAUUUUAAACGUGAAAGUGCUAGCUGCUUUAACACUAUUAAAGCAUCCUGGAAUGCAUUGACAGCUGAAGGACAGAAGAAGGAUGGUCUCUCCCGACUGACGAGAAUGUUCCGGUUAUGUGGGGAGUUAAAGGAUUCAGAAGACCUAGCUGGUUGGCUGGAUAAUGGUUACUCCAAUUUGGCAAUGGUCAACUAUCCAUAUCCUUCUGACUUCCUUAUGCCUCUACCUGGAUACCCGAUAAGAGAGGUCUGCAGAAAGAUUGACGGUUGUCCAGAUGGGACUAGCAUUCUGGAACGUGUAUUUGAAGGUGUUAGUGUCUACUAUAAUUACACCGGAAAAGUUGAUUGCUUUGAUCUGUAUGAUGACCCUCAUGGCAUGGCUGGCUGGGACUGGCAGUCAUGCACAGAGAUGGUAAUGCCCAUGUCCAGUAACCCACAUACGAGCAUGUUUCCCAGAUACGAUUUUGAUCUUUCUGCUGACAAAGAGUAUUGCCGGACCGAAUAUAAAGUCAAUCCAAGACCAGAGUGGAUAACAACUGAAUUUGGUGGGAAAGAUAUCAUGACCACUUUGAAAACGUUUGGAAGCAACAUCAUCUUCUCAAACGGCCUUCUUGAUCCUUGGAGUGGUGGCAGGUAGAUCCAAAAUGUGUCUGAUUCUAUUGUUGCUCUAAACACACAAGAAGGCGCUCAUCACUUAGAUUUGCGUGCUGCAACAGCGCACGAUCCCGACUGGCUGGUCGAACAAAGAGCGACCGAGAUCAAGCUGAUCCGGAAGUGGUUGCGCGACUAUUAUCAGGCGAAGGGAGCUGCUAACUAA